CGUCGUCAUCCCCAUCCAGACCAGGCGCGAGAAAAGCGCUCUCUCUCUCGCGCGCGCACUAAUUGGAACCAUUCAAUUAUUCGGAAAUUAUUCAAUUACUACAUUCGGGUCUUCAGUUCGGCCGAACCAUUUUGCAUUCAUCUGUCGAUGUUUUGCGCAGCUCUGGCCAGAGGCGGUCAGUAUUGAUCAGUAGUUGGCCGCGCGAGUCGAUGGCGAAGAUAUCAACGAUACCCCUCUACAAGCGCGAAACCCCCCAGUCGUGAUGAUCGCGCGCGCCUCCAAUGAUUGUCAUCGCAGUCAGUAACACGCUUGCAAACAUCGUCGAUAGCCGAUAGUCAGAAGAAGAUCAACAAACGCGGUUUUUUUUCUAGCAACGUUCGUCACCUUGCGGUUGUUUGUGUUACCGAAACCAAAUUCGUCAGUCGCUGUGAGGCUAUAGUUAGGUUUAGUGUGGCAGAGAUGAGGCAAAUCGUUCUAUUACUGUUGUCGCUGUUGGUAAAGACCAAUUUCAUAAGCGUCGAUGGACUGGAGCAAAAGAUUGCAAGUGAUCUACAUCCCAGGCUGAACGAACUCGAUGAGAUUGAUGAGUUCGACAGCAUCGUCGGUUCUGUCAAGCUUGGUCCGAACGAGUUCGAUCGCCAGCUGAACACUUCGCAGUACCAUAUGGUUCUGUUCUACGUUCCAUGGUGUGAAUACUGUUUGAAAAUCUUACCGGAAUGGACUGAAGCUACGCAGAUGAUGACGGGUGGCCGAUUGGUUGAUCUCGUUCGAUUCGCACAUGUAGAUUGCACUGCGGAAGAGGAGUUUUGCUAUAGGUUGGAUAUUAAAGAAUUCCCAACCAUACGAACCUACACACGUGGACCCCCGAGGCGCUAUGAGCUGGUUUAUCCGUACUUGCUAGAGGACACGGUUGAGUAUAUGAAAGACUAUUUAUUCAAUUCGACUGAAAACAGUGAAGGAAGUGAUACUUAGCCAUUAGACAAUGUUAAUGUAGAUGAAAGGGUACAAAUAAAAGUAGGUAAUUGGUAUGUUCUCACGCGAAA